AAUCAUGCGACCAUCCAAGCAGCCAAUACCAACCACAACAGUUCAACAUCACCCGCAAAAAACUGGAGAUGGCGCUCGUCCCAGCACCCCCACCCCCAUCAGCCGAUUCCCCACUUUUCGCCGAGGUCGACAUGGGAGCUGACUCCUCCGCACCUACAGUCCGAGCCACAGUCGUCCAGGCCUCCACUGUCUUCUAUGACACUCCCGCCACUCUUGAUAAGGCUGAGAGAUUAUUGGCGGAAGCAGCUGGAUAUGGAGCCCAGCUUGUUGUGUUUCCCGAAGCAUUUGUUGGCGGUUAUCCUCGUGGGUCUAGUUUUGGUGCUUCUAUUGGAAAUAGAACUCCAAAAGGCAGAGAGGAGUUCCGCAAGUAUCAUGCAGCAGCCAUUGAUGUCCCUGGUCCUGAAGUGGAUCGCUUGGCAGCUAUGGCUGGAAAGUACAAGGUAUAUUUAGUAAUGGGUGUGAUAGAAAGGGAUGGAUAUACUCUCUAUUGCACUAUUCUGUUUUUUGAUUCUCAAGGUCAUUACCUGGGAAAACACAGAAAGCUCAUGCCAACAGCCACUGAGCGUAUAGUCUGGGGUUUUGGGGAUGGGUCAACAAUACCUGUUAUUGACACUCCAAUUGGGAAAAUUGGUGGUGCUAUUUGUUGGGAAAAUAGAAUGCCACUUCUGAGGACAGCUAUGUAUGCUAAAGGCGUUGAGAUAUAUUGUGCACCUACUGCGGAUGCCAGAGACACUUGGCAAGCAACAAUGAAGCACAUUGCUCUUGAGGGUGGAUGUUUCGUGCUAUCUGCUAAUCAGUUCUGCCGGAGGAAAGAUUACCCACCUCCUCCAGAGUACAUAUUUUCUGGAAUAGAAGAGGACCGCACACCAGAUUCUGUUGUCUGUGCUGGAGGCAGUGUCAUUAUUUCACCCUUGGGGACUGUUUUAGCAGGACCCAAUUUUGAAGGGGAGGCACUGAUAUCAGCAGACCUAGAUCUUGGAGAAAUAGCAUGUGCGAAGUUUGACUUUGACGUGGUUGGGCAUUAUUCAAGGCCUGAAGUUUUUAGCUUGACUGUGAAGGACCAUCCAACAAAUGCAGUUACCUUCACAUCAGCAGCUGCAAAAAAUGAAAGUCGUAAUAAAUAGUUGCCUUCUUAUGAACCAGCAAUUUUUCACAAAUUGAAGUGGUAUCUUCACUAAUAAUUGAAGGGGCAACACCUUAUGUACGAAUCUGUUCUUCUGGUUAUUGGAUGUAAGUGAAUUUGUGAUAACAAUUUGACUACAAAUCUCGUCCAUUCUUUUCUUCAA